AUUUUAUCUAAUCAUUGAAAAAACUUAGAUGUAAACAAAAGUUAUCAUACACAUAUAAGUAAGUGAUUGAAGAUGUAUGCUGCUACUUCGCAAGAUGAAGUUACUUGUAGCGUGUUUAUAUUUUAUAGUAGCACUGCAACUAGGUUUUGCAGACGAUGAAGAAGUAAGCAACAUUGCUUUCCCUGAUGGUUUUAUUUGGGGAUAUGCUUCAGCUGCUUACCAAGUAGAAGGUGGUUGGGAUGCAGAUGGAAAAUCUGAAAGUAUAUGGGAUUACGAUGCACACAACAAUCCUAGUUGGUUUCCCGAAGGACAAAAUGGAGAUGUAGCUUGUGAUGCAUACCAUAAAACAGACGAGGAUGUUGGUCUUCUAGUACACCAAGGUGUAAAAGCCUACAGAUUUUCAAUCUCCUGGCCCAGAGUUUUACCAACUGGACUUAUAGACAAUAUAAACGAACAAGGAAUUGCUUACUACAAAGACCUUAUUACCAAACUCAAAGCCAACAAUAUUGAACCUAUCGUUACCAUGCAUCAUUGGGACCAUCCUAGGGCACUGGAAGAACAGGGAGGAUUUUUAAACGAUAGUCUAAUUAUUCCUGCAUUUGUGGAUUACGCCACUCUCCUAUGGGAAAGGUUUGGUGAUGAUGUCAAAUGGUGGGCCACCUUCAAUGAACCCAAACAAACUUGUGAUGGAGGUUACGACACUGGUGGUUUUUCUCCUCGAAAGACUUAUUCAGGCAGAGGAGGUUAUAUUUGCGCUCACAACGUGUUGCGAGCUCACGCCAAGGCUUAUAGAGUGUACGAUGAGAAGUUUAGAGCUACUCAAAAUGGAAAGGUGUCAAUGGUUCUUGAUACGUCAUGGCACGGAGCUGGUUCCAAUUCUACAGAAGACCAGAUAGCUGCAGAGCGUCAGCUUUUGUUCCAUUAUGGAUGGUUUGCCGAUCCAAUUGUUUUUGGCGAUUACCCAGACCUAAUGAGACAACGCGUUGAUGAAAGAAGCAAAUUACAAAAUCUGACAGAAUCACGUCUUCCAACUUUUACUGAUGAGGAGAAAGCUGAAUUAAAAGGUAGUUAUGAUUUUCUAACAAUCAAUAUGUACACCACUGAUUUGGCCAAAUGGCGUGAUGACGAUCCUAUUGGAGAACCCAGCAUAUAUGAUGACGUUGGUGUCACAAUUUACCAACCAGAUGACUGGGAAAGAAGUAUUUCAGACUAUUUUAGGGUUGUUCCAUGGGGUGCUCGUGCUUUGGUCGUAUGGAUCAAGAACAGGUACGGAGAUGAUAAAGGAAUCUUAGUUACCGAAAACGGUUACCAUGAUGACGGCAACAAUUUAACCGACUUGGACACCAGAGGUCGUUUCCACAAGUUAUAUCUGAGCAACUUGAAUGACGCUAUAUAUAUAGACGGAGUAAAUUUGACUGGUUACAUGGCAUGGAGUCUGAUGAAUGACGUGGAAUGGUACGCCGGUUGGUUGGUCAAUCUUGGUCAUUACCAUGUUGAUUUUGACAGUGAUAACAGAACAAGAACUCCAAAAGCAUCGGCAGAGUAUUAUAGAAAAGUCGUAACAACAAACUGUCUUGUAGACAGUUGUACAGCAUCACCAAUAAAAUUAAACUUAAAUUAAAUUUGUAUAGGAAGAUCAGUAAAAGUUAAAAAAGUAUAUUAUGGAUGUAAAAAACUAUUAAAAAUAUGGCUGCCUGCAGCAUUUUUAUCAUA